GAGGUCGCUGAGGGCAAUAUGAUUUAGAUAUGGCGACCUGCUUACUUCCCUUUUCUUUCCGACUCGACAGUCAUCAUGCCUCCUAAAAAGGAUACAAAGGGGUCUUCUAAGCAACCCCAGAAGACCCAGAAGAAGAAAGAGGGAGGAUCCGGCGGUAAAGCCAAGAAGAAGAAGUGGUCCAAAGGAAAAGUACGUGACAAAUUGAAUAACCAAGUGUUAUUCGAUAAGGGUACAUAUGACAAAUUGCUGAUGGAAGUACCACAAUACAAAUUGAUCACACCAUCUAUUGUCAGUGAAAGAUUGAAGAUCCGUGGUUCGCUCGCCAGGAGAGCGCUAAUUGAAUUGCAACAGAAAGGACUUAUCAAACAAGUUGUGCAGCACCAUGCACAAUUGAUUUAUACACGUACAACCAAGGGUGAUGAUCCUGCUGCAUAAAUCGUUUCUACGCAAUGUACAAAUCCGUUUAAUAAAAAAUAUCUAGAAAUCCAA